AUGUCGCAAGGCUGCAUAGACCUAGCAAUCCUCAUCCCCUCGAAACGGACAAGCACACAGGAAACCGUCAUGGACAUUAUAACAGCCAGCGCAUCGUCUGCAUCCGCAUCACCCAAGGAUCAGGACAAGAAACGGACUACUACCGCCAUGUCAAGCAGCAGGCGGAGGCGUUCUUUCAAGCGUACAAGGAGGAGCACGCCUGAUAGUGACGAAGAUGGCGACAGUGACAACAAUGACUACAAUACCGAGGACAACCAAGAAGAAGCAGAGAACCUGGACGACCACGGCCACAAAGAAGCAGAGGAAAAUGAUCAAUUGAAGGCAGAGGACAAGGUCGUGGAGGAAGUUGUUGAAUCGCUGGCAGUUCAGGAAGAGAUCGAGGAGGUCGAUUACGAAGCUCAACGGAAACGCAACAUCCUGGAGAAUCAGCGGCUGUUACAAGAACUCGGACUCAACAAUUCUAUCGUUCGAAAGUCAUUCCCAUCCAUCACCAAGAGCAGGAACGACGACUAUGAAGACAAUGGUGAUGUCAGCAGCGACGGCGAAUACAAUGACGAGAUUGGAUCAAAGGAACCCAAGAAAGGAAGGAGGUUCGCACAGAACAAAGCCUCCUGGAGGAAAGCGACGGCACCGGUGGCUACGCGAGCGUCCAAGCGGAUACGAGGCGAGGCUGCAGUCGAGACAAAGGUGGAUCUGGAGUCUCUUGAGAGGAGCUUGAAUGGCAGGGCGGGUAGCAAUGAGGAUGAGGGUGGGGAGGGUAGGAGCAGAGGCGAGGGUGCAGCGCCACCGUUUAAGUUGGGAGAGUAUUCGAGAUCGCUCUGGAAAGGACGGAAACAGACGACUGGAUUCACAAUGGAGGUCGAGAUUCCUAGAAGCAUUGCGACGACGAUAUGGGAGCUGGGCAGCAUCUACAAGGGCGAAAAGAACAAGCUGAAAUACUGGAGCGGUGGCGGAAGCCUGUUCAAGCAUCCAUACCCGAUCGGCUACAAAGCAGAAAAGUUUUAUUUUCGGGAGCGGUACAUGAUGCACAUCAAGGAAGGGGCAGAUGGACCCAUCUUUAUUGUCGAGUCUGCAAAUGGAAGAGUGUUUGAAGGAUCGAGCCCGACGUUGCCGUGGACGAAAGUGUGUCUGGCAAGUUCUUCCAAGGGCACAAGGAUCAGUGGACCAUUGUUCUUUGGAUUCUCGGACCCGAUUACACAAAAGAUGAUUGAAGGGCUGGAGGGGUAUCAGAGAUUUGAGCAAGUUAAGGCCGAGGUGCAAGCAGCCGAGGAGUUGGAAGAGCAGAAACGGUUACAGGCCGAUGCUGCUGAAGAAUAA